AUGGGAUCUUGCUGUGGGUCAAAUAAUACAAAAAUUGCUCCAUCUAAAAAUGAUCAAAAUACUAGCACAGCAGGAAAGCGAAGGUCAAGCAAGCUGCAAAAGUGAUUGAAAAAGAUGAAAAUAGUUCCAAAGCUUCAUAAAGCUCAAGAUAAUCCUUUGUUUAUAAGAAGGAAAAUUUCAAAAAAUAAAGAUUUUAAACUAGAUGAUUUAGUAGACGUGCAUUACGUCUCAACAAAUUAA